AGUUUGAUUUGGCCCGCCGAAUUCCCAAUUGUUACUCUCGUGUGAGGGUCUUGCAGCCUCCCACAUCAGGAGCAAUGUUGUAAUUUGGUUAAACGAGAUGAUUGUGUUGUGUUUGAUAUGUACCUUUUAUUUGAUUUUUUCUUCUUUAGCAGGAAAUAUCAUACUCCCCAAAAACUAUACCUUUCCCAAGCAACCCGUAGAAGACUACUACAUUAACUACGACUACGACUUCAACGGAACUUCUGAAGCAGACAUUAAACCGGACUCUUUGAUAUUACCAAAUCCAGAAAGUAUGGAUACAAAAUCUUAUGCCGUAGAUGUUCUACCGAACGUAGAACUUCCGGAAGAAUCCCUGGCAGAUGCCGAUCUGAAAGAUCAUAAUUGCAUCGAUAACAUUAUGUACGUCUAUUAUGGAGGAAGUGGCAAAAGUGUCAAGAGUUAUGGCAGUGGGAUAGUGAUUAUUGGAUCUGUGAUGAGCUGUGCCGCCCAAUUAUUGACAUUGUUUUGUGUAUUGCUAAAUAAGUAUUAUAAAGGAAGGAAAAUUAGUAUGAUGCUGAUUGUCGUUCAUAUUUUUCUGACCAUGUUUGUAUCGAAUUUGUUUUUUAUGUUGGGAGUUUAUUCGACAAAAAAUGUUGAAAACUGCUUGCUUAUUGCCAUAUUGAUCAACAUAUUUCAUCAUCAUACAGCUAUAUGGAUUUUCCUGUACUGUUUGUACAUAUACAAGAAAUUUUGUCGCACGUGGAUUUCAAUUAUUUUCAAGAAUAUUAAUUAUUAUACUUUGGUCACUCACUUAUUACCACCUGUUAUAACAAUGACUACCUACUACGCAGUACCAAACAGCUUCGAAACGAAAAAGUUCUGUUUCAAAUCAAUGCACAGGGGCAUGAUAUUCAACUUUAUGUUUCCGAUUUGUAUCUUACUAAUCCUUACUACUAUUUACGCGAUCAGCGCCAUGAUACAAAUCGAAAAUUUGGAAGUGUCGAAGCUGGACGAGCAUUACCAAAGCGAGUCAUUUCAACAGCUCAGCAAAGAACUGGAACAUUUAAAAGAGAAGAAAGAUGAAAGUUUGAGUUAUGUGGAUGAAGAGCUGCAUAGUUUGAGGGCUACAAGGAACUGUUUAAAGGCGCUAUGCGUAAUGCAAUUGAUGUUCGUUUUAAAUUGGUUCAUAACGCCUGUAGCGCUCGAUGCUAGUCGUGAUUCGACCGAAUUGCCUUAUUUUCAAAGUAUUAGCUCGAUGAUAUUGAACUGGUUCGUGUUCUAUAAGAGAAAAACACUUUUGCCGCUUAUAGACUAUGCGGUAGAAGAAAAUUCUGAAAUAAACCACCUAGAAGAUGACGUUCUCUCUUCUGCUACUGAGGUGAUUAGUAUCGCCUCAUCCGACAAUAUUCCUUUGUUGCAAUCUGACAGUGCCACUGAACUGAAAGAGUUUUGCAACUUAUCUGAUACAAAAGAUUGUGCCAAUGACUAUAAUAUUUCUACUAUUAGCACUUAAGUUAGGUAAGAACAUUAUAAUUUUUAGUGGGUAGGUACUCAUUAGGAUUUAUUUUACUGGAGUACAUUUGUAUCCAUUUUAUAUGAAGAAAAAGUUUUUAUGGGUAAAAAUAUUACUUAGAAACACUGUUAUUAUUUAAAAUAUACAUUGUUACAUAAAUAUAUACUGGGUGUUUGGCGGAGGAUUAGCCAAACUUGGUGGGCAUAUAGAUAGGCUCAGAUAGAAGAUAUUUUCUUAAUAAACUUAUGUUCUAAAAG